UUUAACAGGGCUUGUGGAUGUGCCACAACAACUGUACAAAUGCGUAUGGUACAGAAUAUUAACCAUGGAGUCGUUAGUAGGACUGUUAUUGAACAGGGUACACGUAGAAUGAAUUACUGUUACAGCCUGGCACCAACGUCUUUUAAUUCUGCAAGAUUCAACACGGUACAAAGACGAUGUAUAUCUACUUCAUCACCGAGAUACGAUGAAUCCGUGGAAGACCUGGGUCCGACUAUAAAACGUCCUAGGAGAUAUUUGGACAUGAAGACAUUUCGAAAGUUUCUACAACAACAAAAGACUUUGGAUAUAGAAAAGGAAAAACGAGCUAUCGCACAAGCACAUGCCAAACCGCCACCAGAUGGUUGGGGUAUACUGGAGUUUCUUAACGCAGCAGGAAUAGAUGAUGGUGCCGAUAUGAUAGCAGAAUCAUUCGGAUCAUGGAAUGAAUUCAUCAGUAGUACCAUUGAGGAUUUAUACACUAACAAUAGCAUGACAAACAAACAGCGGAGGAUUAUAUUCAAGCAUAUAACGUUAUACAAUCACGGCAUGUGGCCACAAUCAGAAGAAGCAGACUACAUUAAGGCAUUUCAGGCAAAACCUCUGGAUAAUGAGGGCAAACCCUGGGAACCGGAAGAUGACGCAGAGCUUAAACGACUUGCAGAGUACUAUGAUGCAGACUUCGGUGAUCCGUGGUUGUACAUUUCUUGGGAUAUGCAGAGAACUAUAGAAGAUGUACAAGAACGAUAUAUCCAACUGGUGAUAAUACCCAAGUACCGCAACGACAAAUGUGAAAUCGCAAUAACUAAAGCCAACAAACCGCUGCUAAUGAAUCGGAAAUUCAAGUUGGACCCCCCUUUCUUGUAUAUUAUACCAUCCAAAGAGGUCUUUCAGCUCACACCAAUAUACCGCAACAGCAAAGAUCGCAAUCCAGUUAAUGCAAAGGAUGUUUUCUCUAAAAGGUUCCAGCAGUAUCGGCGAAAGGAGUGCUUUGAAAAUUGAAUCGUACCUAACU